GUACGUACAGUCGUGCUCACUGCGUGACAGGAGCGCGAUCGGCACGGUUCGAAAUAUUAAAACAGCUGUUGGUUGCAUCGCGGGCCGAUACGAAUUAGGGAAAGUGUUCGAAUGCGUCACUAUAAUUAUUUUGAGUAGAAUAUACGACCGAGCGAACGUUGCUUCCCACUAUAUAACAACCUCUAAAAAUUAUACUUUUUCGAUACAUAAAUGACUUUUAUCUCCUCUAUGUCGAUUGGUCGAUUUAAUUAUUUUCAAAAAUAUUAAUCCAAAGAGCAAUCGACCGCAUCGCACGUCAUGUACAUCGUGUUGUAAAAAAAGUGUGCGAAUCAAGCAGCUAUAUACUCUAUAUACUAAACGUAUAUCCUUGGGCGAGAAGAGAAAAAAAAAAAAAAAAUGGUGAUUGGUGAAAAUUGCAGAUUACUUGGACCCUCCCUCUCUUCCUGAUUUCGCGGGCAAAAAAAUACCGUGCGAAGAGAAAGGAGUUUAUGAUAAGAAAAAAGGAGAAAAAGAUCCUGUUGCGAGUACACGAAAAUUUGGAGCAGCGUACGCGUGGCAUUUAAAAUGUUUUGAGAAAAAAAAUUGAAAAUAAAAAUCGAGUGUUAUCUUGUGGCUGUAACAAUACAUAAUAAAAAUGCCGUCAGGCAUUAAAUGCUUCAAGAGGUUUUUCAAGCAUACCUGGCAUCCACAGCAGAUGGAGAACGCGAGCUUUGGAAACGAUUCAAAAUCGGUGGCCGAAACGGCCGGCGACACGGAACUUGGGGAAGUAAAAGUCCAGGUGGUACCUACGGCCAGCGUAGCGACGUCGACGCCAACGACGUCGCCAGCUUUACCUGAAGGAAUACCUUGUGGAAACGGGGGUUGCAAGACGUCGAGAAGCCGAGGAGAACCUCGACCCGAAAGUCCUUGGCAUCAAUUAAAAACAAUUUUCUUAGUAUCGGUUAUAGUAGCCCUAGUGAUAUGGGUCGUCGCCUACACGUUACUCACCCAGUAUCAGAUUUUAUGAAUAAAAUCAUAAUUAAUAUCGUGUACAUAUAUGUUAUAAGGUAUGAAAAAAAUUUUUACUGUACAAAAUGCGAGAAAGUGCGAAAGUAAGAGUCGGUGAUAAAUUUUACUUGUCUAUAACCUGUUGUAAUUAUGCCAAAUCGAUUAUGCCUCGGUGAAAACUGUACGAAAUUCGUCAAUGUUUGGUCUCAUAUUGAUCCGAUGAUCACUUAAAUCGAAUCGUCUUCAUCCCGACAAAAAAAAACACACAUUUAGUUCUCGAAACCUUUUUUUUUUUUAUAGCGUGAUGAUAAAAUUUCACGUUCAAUAUGUCUAUAGUAUAAGCUAUUCUUAAAAGUAAAAAUGGACUCUAGAAUAGACUAGCCAUAUGUAAUCGUCGGUUUUCAAUUAUAAUUCAAAACGUAAGUUAGUGGAAUUUUUUUUUAAACAUUGAAUCUCGUCUUCCACGAUUGAACCGUCCAUUUUUCGACUAAACGAACAUGUUAUCCUCGUUCGAUGCCUCAGGGUUGAAAUAUAUUUUACUUUGGUUUCUAAAACUUUACUCCAAAAAUUUCGGUAUUUCCGAGGACGUUCUAGUUGUAUUCUAUGAACGGAAGUAUAUGAGUAUCUUGUAAAAAUUGCUAAUAAUUUUGAAAGUAGAUAAGAAAUCAUGACUUUAAAAAGCACUAAAAUGAUAAUGGGUAUUUUGCAUCCGUAUAAUAGUGAAAAAUCCUUGUUAUCUCUACUUUUUUUUCAUGUUUUUGUUGAUUGCAGUAUAAUUAGAAAAAAAAUCUUCUGUCUAAAUUUAUAAACCAUAUUUGUAAUUAUGAACGUUAAAUAAUUUGUUACGAUUCAUGUAAAUAAUUUCCAAGAUAGAAAAUGGCCCUUGUAUUAAUAACUACCGAGAAGGCAAUUAAUUCUACAUCUUCCAAAAUAUGUAGAGCAACACGUAGAUCUUCAGAUGACAAGAAACGAAUGUGAAGUGAGACGUGCAACGUGUAAAACAAACUACGGUGUCUAUGAGACACGAUUUAUCAUCAAACUUUCGAUUUUUAUACAAAACCAGUAUUGGUAAUAAGCGAAACUCUGGCGUCAAUCAUAUUGUAAAGGUUAUACUAAACAGAGAUGUACGAAAA